CACCACCAACAUGAGCUAAACUAGACCUGGGUGAGAGUAAGAACACUGGUGCUAGGAAAUGAGAAAGGCUUGAGAUUUCGGUGAAUUGGAGCCGCGGAUUCCGUGGUAAGGGGUCAGAAAACUGCGCCGCACUGUACAGAGGAGUGAUUGUUUUACUUGAGUACUGCGUUUAACGAUUGCGGCGGAACGGGCUUGGUUUGGCUUUGCGGCGCAGGGAUGGGUCGUCAAGGAGGUGAGGGAGAGAGACUAUUUGUGCAUAUGUGUAGGUGUGUUUAGAAUGAAGUCCACUAAAGAAGGUAAUACAGAACUGAUUCCUUCAUACCUCCAGCAAGGUAGCACCUCUAUCCUCUCAUCCAGCCUGUGUGCCUCGACAGUGGUUGUAUAUAUCGCCUCGUGAACGUAGAGUCGCCUUCCUUCAGCGUUCUAGUUGAGCAUUCAUGCGAGGCUUAGAUCUGGCUCCCAACUCUUCAUGACCUGCUCCGACCGUGGCUUUCCUCCUCGCAGGAUCCCAGCGUUGGGUUCGAGGUGUCAUGUUCGAGGUGCUGGAGCUCUACUUGGAAGUGUGCCUGUGUGUGUGUGAUUGUUUUUAUAUGUUCAUUAGGAACCUAGCGGCUGCAUUCGAGCGUUUCGUGGGGACCUGAACGUUGACGUGAGCACUUUAUGGUUUGGCCUGAAACCAGACGGCACGAUUUCGUCGAUUGAACCACUACUGCUGGGUCGAGGCUCGCGACGGGGUGAACAUGUAAUUUGGGACGGUUUGGUUGGGUUGUCACGACCUACUGCAGCGGUCAGCUUUGGUUUUUUGUGGUGUGUGUUCGAGGUAUUAUUUUUGUCACUGUGAAGUUGCACGUUGGAACUUUCACAAUGCCACCCUACUUUGCAUUCUCCCACUCGCCAGGGUUGGAGGAAAUGACUCGUGAAGCAGGAAAUGUCUCCUCCGUGAUGGCAAAUUCGGCUCCUACUUUCGUCGAGGGUGCCAUUAUCGUGGGAGGCGGGCCCUCGGGGUUGGCAGUUGCCGCAUGCCUCACGAUGAAGGGAGUGCCUUCCUUGAUCAUUGAGAAAUCGGACGGUAUUGGUUCAUUGUGGAAGUACAAGGCUUAUGACCGCCUUCAUCUCCACAUCCCGAAACAAUUCUGCGAGCUGCCGCACUACCCUUUCCCGGAGGAUUAUCCGAUGUAUCCGAACAGGAAGCAAUUCGUCGACUACUUGGAGAAUUACUUCCGGCAUUUUGACAUGAGAGCUCAGUUUAACACGAAGAUUAACGCUGCGUAUUACGACCCUCAGCUGUCAUGCUGGAAGGUUGAAUCGCAGCCUUCCAGCGCGGGUUCUGGAGAGUGCGUGACGGAGUAUUGUUCGCGGUGGUUGAUUGUUGCAUCCGGGGAGAACGCCGAGGCUUACACUCCUGACAUGCAGGGGUUGAGAGACUUCAGAGGCCCAGUAUUGCACUCGAGCAAUUACAAGACAGGAGCCGAUUACAUGGGGCAGCGAGUGCUCGUCGUAGGGUGUGGAAACUCGGGGAUGGAGAUUGCCUUGGACCUGGCGAAUUUCAAUGCUAAACCCUCGCUUGUUGUGCGCAGCCCGGUGCACAUUCUCCCGAGGGAAAUUCUGGGCGUGUCCACGUUCGCCGUGGCCAUGAGCAUGAUGAAGCGCUUCCCGCUGUGGUUCACGGACGCGCUUCUGGUGGUGUACGCCCGGGCAGUGCUGGGCGACACGACGAGCUAUGGCUUCAAACGCCCUGCGAAUGGGCCGAUGACCAUCAAGUGCGAGCAGGGCAAGACGCCCAUUCUAGACGUGGGCACAUUCGCCAAGAUCAAGAGCGGCGCCAUCAAGGUGUGUCCGGGCGUAACUCAUCUCACCUCCCAAGGCGCCAAGUUCGAAAACGACCAAUUCGCGGAGUUCGAUGCUGUCGUGCUGGCCACCGGGUACAGGAGCAAUGUCCCGCGAUGGCUCAGCGACGAUGGCGGUUUCUUCUCCCCCGAAGGCCUGCCGAAGAAUCCUUCCCUGGGAACAUGGAAGGCGGGACGCGGCCUCUUCGUCGCCGGGUUUGGGAGGAAAGGGAUUCUGGGAGCAACCUUCGAUGCCAAAUACAUUGCCGAGGCCAUCAGCGAUGCCUGGUCCUUGGAGUCUCACAAGCACCUCGUUUCCCCUCUAAAAUCUAGAUACCCACCCCCUUAACGACCUUCCCACAGCCACACUCACACACACACACACUGAAUCCCCAGUCCGUCACUAGCUCCCCCACCCCCAUAUCAAGCAGAUUUCGAAACUCGCCGAAAUCCAACACAAACCGCAACGUCGGUUGCUCGGCCUUCUUCCUCAUGUGGACAACAUUGCGGUGUGCUCAAACUGCGAAUUCGCUAAGGGAAGAGUGAUCUCCAUUUGUCGAAGGAGACACACAUUCCACCGCCCGAUCCACAGCCUCGAAUUCAACGCCGACGCAGGCACCAUGAAGAAGCGUGGAGGGUGAGAUUCAGACUCAGUGGGCGUCGACGAGGGCACAAGACCUUCUCAGUCCGGGUCACAAGACCCUCCCUACCCCUCCCUCCACCGCCAGCGUGUCCCAUACAAUUUUGCCCCAGGGAUUACAUUUAUUUUUUAUUUUUUAUUUUCAAGCGUAAAGGAUUUUGCUUUCGAACAGGAAUCAAUCCCCACA